UCACACACUGGAACAUCACUAGAGAAGAGGAACCUGAGGAACCUUUCAAAGGAACUGUCUUACCUACUUAAAAUUUCGAUAUUUAUUUUUAUAAAUUGUGAAAUUGAUUAUUGAUGUGCUGAUUCCUCAAUAAUAAGUGUUAUAUUUAUCGAUGUACUAAAACAAUACACACCAAGUUUAACGAUGUCACAUAAUAAUAUAAAAAUCUUACCCGGAGCGACUGUUUGUGAAGACUGCACUUUAGAAGGAGAUAUAACUAUUGGAGGAGGAACUGUUAUUCAUCCGAGAGUAACUAUUAUAGCUGAAGGUGGCCCCAUCAUUAUUGCUGAGUAUUGUAUCAUUGAAGAAUAUUCUACUAUCAUUCAUAAAAAAAGUGAUAAUCAGGAAAAUCCUCCAAAACCUUUGUUUAUAGGAGCUCACAAUGUGUUUGAAGUUGGGUGUAGGCUGGAGUCUCCGUGCGGACACAUUGGAGAAAGCAAUGUGUUUGAAUGCAGAUCUUUUGUUGGGGUAGACAUUAAAAUUGGAAGUGGCUGUGUCAUAGGAGCAGCCUGCCAUUUAACAGCUCCUCAAACACUCGCUGACAACACUGUCAUCUGGGGAUCAGACCAGCAUAUACGAGAAGCCUUAGAGAAGCAACCUUCACAACUUCUGCAGCUAGACUUCUUGAGCAAAGUGAUGCCUAACUACCAUAGAUUGAGAAAGCCAAAUGUUCAUAAACGCCAACCUUCAAGACAAUCACAAGAGUCUUCCCCAAAGCCCUGAAAUUUAUUAUUCUUUAAAUAGCACCAGCUUCUUACACCACAUUGUUAACUCAUAUAUUUUUAUUUAUUUUUGUGAACAGCAUUUAUUUAAUAAUUUUAGUAUUAAGUAUAACUCUGUAUUUUAGGUUUAAUAAAAUAUUUUAACUCA